AUGGCGCCAAAAAAAAAGGAAGAAGAGCCAAAGGUUUUAUUAUUAGGGAGACCCAAAAACACACUAAAGAUGGGGUUGGUCGGUUUGCCCAAUGUAGGAAAGUCAACAACAUUUAAUGUGCUGACUAAGCUAAACAUCCCCGCGGAAAAUUACCCAUUUUGCACAAUCGACCCACAUGAAGCAAAAGUAACGGUUGAAGAUGAAAGAUUUGAUUGGCUAGUUGAUCAUUUUAAGCCCAAGAGUUCGGUACAUGCAUAUCUUUCCAUUUUUGACAUAGCAGGGUUAGUAAAAAAUGCACAUUUAGGAGAAGGGUUGGGAAAUAAUUUUUUAUCAAACAUUGCAGCAGUAGAUGGUAUAUAUCAUGUUGUUAGAGCAUUUGAAAAUGAAGAUAUUAUACAUACAGAAGGAAACAUAAACCCUGUUAGAGAUAUGGAAAUAAUAAAUUCUGAACUAAUUUAUAAAGAUAUAAGUAAUUGUGAAAGAAAUUUAGAAGAAAUAUCCAAAGUUUUAAAUCGAAAUAAAAAAGAUAAAAUAAAACAAAAUGAACAUGAUGUUUUAACUAUUGUUUUAGAACAUUUAAAAGAACAUAAAUGGAUAAAAGAUAAAGCUUGGAAAAGCUCAGAAAUCGAAGUUAUUAAUGAAUAUAAUUUUUUGACUGCAAAACCCGUUGUUUAUUUAGUUAAUAUGAGUGAAAAUGAUUUUAUUCGACAAAAAAAUAAAUAUUUAGCAAAAAUAUAUAAUUGGGUUCAAGAAAAAAAUAAAGGUACUAUUAUACCUUACUGUGCAGAAUUUGAACAAAAAUUAUUAUCUAUGACUGAAAAUGAAAAAGAAGAAUAUUUUAAAGCAAAUAAUAUUAAAACUAGUAUGUUAAAUAAAAUUAUUAAAACUGGUUAUUAUGAAAUUAAUUUAAUACAUUUUUUUACAUGUGGUCAAGAUGAAGUUAAAUGCUGGACUGUAAGAAAAGGUACGAAAGCCCCACAAGCAGCCGGUGUUAUACAUACAGAUUUUGAAAAAGGUUUUAUUUGUGCAGAAGUUUAUAAAUAUACAGAUUUAGUAGAAUUUAAAUCAGAAGGAGAAGUAAAAGCAAAUGGAAAAUAUUUACAAAAAGGAAAAGAUUAUGUAGUUGAAGAUGGAGAUAUUGUAUUUUUCAAAUUUAAUGUAUCUUCAUCAGGAAAAAAAUAA